CACACACACACACGGCGGAACAUCACAGUUGGCACUCAUACCCUCUUCGACCAUCACCUUCCCUUAGCGCAACCUUGCCGUCGACUACAGCCCACGAGAUUGACUCUGAAAGAUCGAAGGUCAGCUUUGCUUGCCCUGGGUUACCCCACUUACAGAGCGGUCACCUCGCCUUCUCCAAAUAGCCCGCGGCUUUGUCUGGUCCUUCGAGUACGAUCACUGGCGAUUCCGCAAGUCUUGCCUGGUACCUUCCCCGAGCUCGCCUGAUAUCCAAAAGUCAACGAGGGUCUGCCGAACCCGCCUCGAUUCAGUAGUCACAUAGGUAUGGAGAACUACCAGAAGUUGGAGAAGGUUGGAGAGGGAACAUAUGGUGUCGUAUACAAGGCUCGAGACCUUACAGCAGAAGGAGGAGGCAGGAUCGUGGCUCUGAAGAAGAUCAGGCUCGAGGCAGAGGACGAGGGAGUACCGAGCACAGCAAUUAGGGAGAUCAGUCUGCUGAAAGAGCUCAAGAACGACAACAUCGUGAGGCUCUAUGACAUCAUUCACCAAGAAUCAAAGCUAUACUUGGUAUUCGAAUUCCUCGACCUAGAUCUCAAGAAGUAUAUGGAUAAUGUUGCUGGUACCGCAGAUGGACUGGGGCCUGAGAUCGUCAAGAAAUUCACCUUCCAGCUGCUCCGAGGUAUCUACUACUGCCACGCCCACCGAAUCCUUCACCGAGAUCUCAAACCCCAGAACCUGCUCAUCGACAAGACUGGCAAUCUGAAGCUAGCUGAUUUCGGUUUGGCUCGAGCUUUCGGCAUUCCCCUCAGGACAUAUACACACGAAGUUGUCACUUUGUGGUACCGAGCUCCCGAGGUUCUUCUGGGCUCUCGUCACUAUUCCACCGCCAUUGACAUGUGGUCGGUGGGUUGCAUCUUUGCUGAGAUGGCAAUGAAGUCGCCGCUAUUCCCUGGGGACAGUGAGAUUGACGAGAUCUUCCGCAUCUUCAGAACCCUGGGCACACCCACGGACGCAGUCUGGCCCGGCGUCAAGACGCUUCCGGACUACAAGGCUUCCUUCCCGCAGUGGAGUGGCAUGCCUCUUGCCAAGGCUGUGCCCAACUUGGAUGCCAAUGGAAUCGACCUGCUCAAGGGUAUGCUGGUCUACGACCCUGCAGGGCGCGUCAGUGCCAAGCGAGGAUUGAACCACGCCUACUUCCAAUCGCUGCCGGGUUCAGCCAUGGCUUCGUAGGAGAAGUAGUCUGCCAGCCCAAGCUUAUUGAUCCUCAUCUGUGUAGCAUCGAGAGGCAUUACAGACUCUCUGCUUUCUCCCUCCUUGUCCGCCUCUUUCCUUCUCCUCUGGCUCAGCUCUCACUUGUGGAUGCUCAGCACCUGGAUCCCCAUUCUCACCUCCCUUCGGUUCUUGUCUGCAAUCUUUGUUCAUCCGUUUUCGCAAUUCAGGUCCUUCGAGUGGCACUCAGCAACAAUUCCACGAAUGGUUUCCUUCGUUGGCCCUCCGUCCGUCCGUCUGUCAGUCAGCGAUGACUAUGAGUGA